CCACGCUGGAAGCGGGUGGGCGGGACCAAGGCCUUCCUUGCAGCGGUCGCGCUGUGAUAAUUCGGCGGAAUUUGUAUUGAAAAAAGGCCAAUUUCAUGCCACUAUAAUUCGAAGAGCUUAUCAUUAUUUGUUUAAUCGGGCAUGUCUUUUUGCAAAAUUGUGCUGUUUUAGAUUGUGCAUUCGUAUUUUUGAGCAGAUUCGAAAUCUCAACUACCUAGCUAGCUAGGCUAGCUUGCUUAGCGAGCAAAACAUCGACCACCACCCACAAACAAAACGAACCCAAACAAAACGACUUUCGACAAACUCUUGAAACAUUUCUCACAUUUCUAGAUCAAAUAUAGUGGCGAUUUCUGCUACAUUAUUGACGCGUUUACAGUCGCUAACUAAGUUUAAUCUCACGUACCAAACAUUUUCACCGUCAUCGUAGGACAUGAGAGGGACUUCAUCGUAUGGCGAUAGGGACAGGGACCGCGGACGUGACCGGGGGCCCCGUUUUGGGUCCAGCCGUGGAGGUCCACCCCCUCCUAAGAAGUUUGGGAAUCCUGGCGAUAGGCUGAGGAAGAAGAAAUGGGAUCUUGAGGAAUUGCCCAAAUUUGAGAAAAACUUCUACAAUGAGCACAUUGAGGUCCAACGCAUGACUCAGUAUGAAGUGGAGGAAUUCCGAAGAAAGAAGGAGAUUACUGUUAGAGGGUCUGGCUGCCCAAAGCCAGUGACAAACUUCCACCAGGCACAGUUUCCUCAGUAUGUAAUGGAUGUGCUGCUACAACAGAAUUUCAAGGAGCCCACAGCCAUCCAGUCCCAGGGAUUCCCCCUGGCCCUUAGCGGCCGGGACAUGGUGGGCAUUGCACAGACCGGAUCUGGCAAAACACUCGCCUAUCUCCUUCCUGCCAUUGUCCACAUCAACCACCAGCCCUACCUGGAGAGAGGAGAUGGACCAAUUUGUUUGGUUCUGGCUCCCACGCGUGAGCUGGCCCAGCAAGUGCAACAGGUGGCAUAUGAUUAUGGCAAGUCCUCCCGAAUCAAAAGCACCUGUGUGUAUGGAGGAGCCCCUAAGGGUCCACAAAUCAGAGAUUUAGAGAGAGGUGUUGAGAUCUGCAUUGCUACACCUGGACGCCUGAUCGACUUCCUGGAGGCAGGAAAGACCAACCUGCGACGAUGCACAUACCUGGUGCUGGAUGAGGCUGACCGCAUGCUGGACAUGGGCUUUGAGCCACAGAUUCGCAAAAUUGUAGAUCAGAUCCGGCCUGACAGGCAGACACUGAUGUGGAGUGCUACCUGGCCUAAAGAGGUGCGUCAGCUGGCAGAAGAUUUCCUCCGUGAGUACGUCCAAAUCAACAUCGGGGCCCUGGAGCUCAGUGCCAACCACAACAUCCUGCAGAUUGUGGAUGUCUGCAUGGAGAAUGAGAAAGAUAACAAGCUGAUUCAGUUGAUGGAGGAAAUUAUGGCAGAGAAAGAGAACAAGACCAUCAUCUUUGUGGAGACAAAGAAACGCUGUGAUGAACUGACACGUAGGAUGAGAAGAGAUGGAUGGCCGGCAAUGUGCAUCCACGGUGACAAAAGUCAGCCAGAGAGAGACUGGGUGCUCUCAGAGUUCCGCAGUGGUAAAGCUCCCAUUCUUAUUGCUACUGACGUUGCCUCCCGUGGCCUGGAUGUGGAAGAUGUGAAGUUCGUCAUAAACUACGACUAUCCAAACUCUUCAGAGGAUUAUGUGCACCGCAUCGGGCGUACUGCUCGCAGCACAAACAAAGGCACUGCCUACACUUUCUUCACCCCAGGAAAUCUGCGCCAGGCCCGUGACUUGGUCCGAGUUCUGGAGGAGGCCCGGCAGGCCAUCAACCCCAAACUUCUGCAGCUGGUUGACACUGGACGUGGAGGAGGAGGUGGAAGGAUGCGUUACCGUGGCAGCGGCUCCAAUGCCAACAAUCCCAACCUGAUGUACCAGGAGGAGUGCGACCGGCGCAUGCGUUCUGUAGGAGGGGGCGGUGGUGGAAAAGACAACCGCGGUGGCAAUUAUGGCCGCGACACACGCUCGGGUGGUGGCGGCCGUGACGACAGGUCUUCCUCCUCUUCCUCGUACAGGGACCGCAGCAGAGAUGGACGCAACAACUACAACUCAGGCUCAUCAUACGGUGGGGGAGGGGGUGACCAGUACCAAAGCUACAGUGGCAGUGGAGGGGGGCAGUAUGGCUCCAGAGGGGGUGGGUCACAGUCAGGUGGCAGUGGUGGGGGCCAAAACCCGCCCGGACCCUCGCAGGGCCCAUUUGGACAGCCCCCACCCCCUCCACCUCAGCCUGGGGCUGGACCACAGCCCCUCAUGGCCCAGCAGUUCCCUCCACCUCCUCAGCCCAUGAUGGGUUUCAUGGGCCCAGGGCCAUACUCAUUUGCCCCACCUCCACCACCUCCCCCUCCUCAACAGAGAAAGUGAAGCAGUAAAGUCAAGUCCAAGUUGUGUCAUAUCUGUCUAGUGGUAGUUCUCUGCUGCUAGAGUGCAGUGUUUGUCUCUAUUCAUAGGCCUUUCCUUUGCCUCCGUUUGGAAGAGGCGUUAGGCCGGACGUUUUGAACAGGCCGACCGUCCAGGGAUUGUGGAGGUAAGGUCUGCGCCUGUUCAGUGAUGUAAGAAUAUUUUCCUGUAGCCCCAGAAGCCAAAACUUCUGUUUUAAGCUGUUUCCUGUUGUCUUUUGAAAUGUUAUGUUCUCCUGUAAUCAAACGGGUCAUUAUUUUGAAUAGUUAAUCAAAAGGAUUGAAGGCUUUUUUUUUCCCCCUCCAAAUCUUAGAGAUUAUUCUUAAGAUUAAUUUCCAACAGAGUUGUUUGUGCAUGCUUCUCAUUUAACGUAUUUUGUUUUUACAGACUCUCUCUCGGUAACUAUGAUUUUUCUUACUCUUUAAAUGUGUUGCGCACUGUAUAGCUUUCUGUCUUGUUAGCUUUUUCAAGGCAUUCUCUUUCUACUACGCCGCCUACAGAGACAGAAAAUUGUUUUGAUCAUCGCAGUGGCACCCCUUUUUGUAAACAUGCUGGGGUUAUACAUAAGUGAGCUAGUUUGGGAUCUGUAUCCUGGUUUCACUUUUAUUUUUAAGACUAAAUUUUUAAUAAAGUUUUUGACCUAUAA